AUGAUCGUGGGGGGUACAGGAGGUCGGAUGAGCAGGAGAGGGAGAAAGAGGGGCCGAGAUGGGGAAGGCAGUAGCAACGAAGUCAUGCAAGUAGAACAACAUUCUCCAAUAGUCAUUUCUUUCUCUCAAGAAGAUGCCCACGGCAUUCAAAUGCCUCAUGAUAAUGCCCUCGUUAUUGAAGCUGUUGUUCACAACUUCCGCGUUCGAAAGAUCUUGGUAGAUGACGGAAGCAAAGUAAACUUACUGCCUUACAGGGUCUUCCAGCAGAUUGAUAUACCAGAGGAACAGAUGGUGCGAGAUCAAGCCCCGGUGAAAGGGAUUGGAGGGGCCCCGGUACCUGUGGAAGGAAAAGUGAAGUUGGCCCUGACCCCAGGAGAGGCGCCCUCAACCCGGACCCACUAUGCAGUAUUCUUAGUGGUGAAGCUCCCUCUAAGCUACAACGCAAUACUGGGAAGGCUCGUGCUGUAUGAUUUUGAGGUAGUAACCAGCAUCAGGUAUCUAACCAUGAAGUUCCCAACAGAAGCGAGGGUAGGAGUAGUACGGGGACGCCAGGAAAAAGCCAGGGCAGUGUACAUGGCCACUGUAGCGGAUCCAAGCUUGGCAGAAGGGAAGUUCGACUCAGAAGUGAUGGAAGUCCGAGAUGAGAAAAGAGAGGCCAGAACGGAACCAGUAGGAGAACUGGAAACCUUCCCCUUGGCAGAGACAGAAACAGACAAGGUCUUCAGUUUCAAUGCCGGUCUAAGCAAAGAGCAGAAAACCGAAGCAAUGGCCCUGAUCCGAGCUCACGCCUCAAGCUUCGCUUGGAAGCCAUCCGACAUGCCAUGGAUAGACCCCAAGGUGAUGACGCACAAAUUGAACGUGUCUCCCGAGGCCAAACCGGUGAAGCAAAAGAAGAGAGUAAUAGGGAGAGAAAAGCAGCAAGCCACCAGGGAGGAGGAAUGUCGAAGUAUAUGUCGACGAUAUGGUGGUAAAGAGUCCGACCUUUCAACAACACUUGAUAAACCUGAAGGAAGUAUUCGGAGUACUAGAACAAUACAGAAUGAGGCUGAACCCAGCAAAAUGCGCUUUCUUCAUCAGGGGUCAAAAAUUCUUGGGUUACAUGGUCAGUGGAAAAGGGAUGUUCAAAGACUCACCGGAAGGGUAGUGGCGCUUAACCGUUUUAUGGCAAGAUCGGCAGAAAUGUGCCUACCAUUCUUCAAGAAGUUGAGAAAAGUUCCAAAUUUCGAAUGGACUGAGGAUUGUCAAAAAGCUUUUAAGGAGCUCAAAAUCUACCUCAGUUUACCGCAUGUACUCAAUAGCCCACUGGAAGGGGAAGAACUUCUUAUCUACUUAUCAGCCUCAAAACAAGCCAUCAGCGCCGUACUGGUGAGAGUAGAAGGAAGAGAGCAGAAGCCAGUAUUUUACGUCAGCAAAGUACUCAAAGAUGCCGAGAAAAUUCAGGGUAUACCUAGAGAGCCAUCAAGGAAUAGUGAUGAUGGACCAACCCCUCAAAAAAUCCUCCACAGACCAGAAACGUCAGAACAAGCAGAACUUAAUAAGAUACCCUCAGGAGCAAUAGAAGGAGAAAGGGGAAGGCAAUCCUCACAAGAGUUCAGCUGGAAGUUGUAUGUGGAUGGAGCAUCCAGCUCCGGGGGCAGCGGCGCGAGAAUAGUGCUGAUAGGACCUAAAGGGUUCAAGGUUUGUUACGCCCUAUGCUUAGAGUUCAGUGCUUCCAAAAAUAUAGCAGAAUACGAGGCCCUAAUAAAUGAGAUGUUGAUUGCAAUGGAAAUAGGGGUGACCGACCUCGAAAUAAAUACCGACUCCCAGUUAGUGAUCAACCAGAUAACAGGGGCAUAUCAAGUAAGAGACCUUGCCAUGCAAAACUACUUGGCGAAGGUAAAGGCCAUAGAGGCUGAGCUCGACAGUCAAGGGAUCAUGGUAAGGUACCAAAGAAUACCCCGAGAAGAAAAUGAAGAGGCAGACCUGCUCAGUCGAUUGUCCAAGGAAGAACUGGAGCAACUCCCAAAUGAGGUAUACAUAGAGCACAUCAGCACUCCUGUCUUCGAUAAAGCAGACUCCGUGAUGGAGAUCGAAGAAGGACAGAACUGGAUGACCCCAUACCUAGAAUAUUUAGAGAGGGGAAAACUCCCUGAGGACAAAGCCGAGGCAAGAAAAAUUACAGACCGGGCAGCCAACUACCAAGUAGUAAGAGGAACCUUGUACAGGAGGGGGAAGUCUUGCCCAUGGCUCCGAUGUGUGGGCCCGGAAGAAGCAACAAGGGUGAUGAAAGAAAUACAUCAAGGAAUCUGUGGAGCCCAUGAGGGAGCAGGAACGUUGGCAAACAAAAUCUUCAAGCAGGGAUACUACUGGCCCACUGUCAAACGGGAGGCUGGGGAGUUCGUUGGGAGAUGUGACGUAUGCCAAAGAUUUGCCAAUGCCCUUAAUAUUCCAGCCAUACCCCAAUCCAGCAUAUCCAGCCCGUGGCCGUUCUCACAGUGGGGCAUACACAUCCUGGGACCUUUUCCCAAGACCACGGGCCAGAAAAAAUUUAUAGUAGUAGCUGUGGAAUAUUUCUCAAAGUGGCCCGAAGCUGAGGCUAUUCCCACUAUCACAGCAAGGAAAAUGGUAGAUUUCAUCUGGAGCAACAUCAUCUGCAGAUUUGGGAUACCCAGGGUACUUAUAUCAGACAAUGGCAAGCAGUUCGACGGCAGAACCUUUAAGGAGUUCACUAGAAAUAUGGGCAUCUGGCACAAGUUCUCCUCGGUAGCCCAUCCUCAAACCAAUGGCCAGACGGAGGUUACGAAUCGAGCUAUCCUCCGAGGAUUGAAGAAGCGACUGGAUGGAGCAAAGAAAAAUUGGGCAGACGAGUUCAACAGUAUCCUAUGGGCACUCAGAACUACACCCAAAACGCCAACCAGAGAAACACCAUUUGCGCUUGCGUUCGGCACCGAAGCUGUAGUUUCCAUCGAGCUACAAGUCCCUACGCAUCGAGUUCAGUUCAAUAGCGAGGACACCAAUGACGAUAAGCUGAAAUGCAAUCUGGACGCCUUAGCAGAAGUUAGAGAAGGAGCCCAAGUUCGCACUGCUGCAUACCAACAAAAGGCAGCGCGCUAA